AUGGUGGCCCUUAUACUUGGGGCAGCUAAAGCUGAAGAACUCAUAACUGGACAGCCUGACUCUGGGAAUCCAGGCUUGAUUACUGAACAGCCAGAUUCUGGAGAUUCAGGUCUGAUUACUGGACAGCCAGACUCUGGAGAUUCAGGUCUGAUUACUGGACAGCCAGACUCUGGAGAUUCAGGUCUGAUUACUAGACAGCCAGACUCUGGAGAUCCAGACCUGAUUACCGAAAAACCAACGACGGCAGCCAGCACGACGGAAGCCAGCACGACUGUUCAGACGACCACCGUAAGCAGCGUAGUUCUUCCAUGUGACAAGGUCCUAAAUAAACUCGGCGCAGAAUUGCAACGAAAACAACAGGAAACUGCGGCAUUGGUAGAUAGUUUGAGGCAACAAUUCCAGGUCCGUUACCAGCAGCGAGAACAAGAGUUUGCCGCUUCAUUUCAGACCCGUCAAGCGUUCUUUAAGGCUCAGCUUGACAAAUGCUACCAAACUCGGUACCAGUGGGAAUGUGACAACCUUCGUAACCAACAGCAACAACUGCAAGAUCAAUCUCGUCAGGAAUUUAAUCAAAUUCAACAGCAGAGCCAGCAACGCUUCCAACAAAUUGAACAGCAAAACGCUAAUAACGUGCAGUCACGUAACAACGAAAACCAGCAAUAUCAACAAUGGUACAACCAACUUCAGCAGCAGAUUUUGCAGCGUCAACGCGAUAUAGAAAAUCAGAUCACUCAACAAACGACGCAACUUGAAGAACAGUACAAGAUCCAAUCCCAGCAGGCAUAUUUCAAGGCUAAUCCUGCACCGUACGAAGAGCAGUUCCGACUGUGGCGUGCGAACAUACAAAAGCAGCUCCUUGAACAAACUCAGCAGCUGGAGAUUUCGAAGGAAAAUCAGUGCUCACAAAUUCUUGCGGCUCUGGAUGCAUUCCACGCACGCUUUGCGAACAGUGACGGACAAAUCAGCAGCCAGUUUGCCGCAUUUGAUACCAACAUCGCAUCACAGAACUUGGACCGCAGCAAGCGGGUUGAUAGCCAGUUCAGGCAGAUUCAGAAGCUGUAUGCAUAA